AAGCUUAAAUCAAUCCACGCGUUAUUGUCAUCAGCACCGGGUUAUUAAGAUGUACAAGUCUUGAUGGAGGUCGAUUCUUUCAUGUUGCUGUAGAUCUGUAUAACGGGGUGUUUAUGGACCUGCUUCCUGACGACAGGAGUGCAGAAUGGGGCAGACCACGUCUGGAGAAGCAGAACCUGCUGAUGAAAGGUUUGCAAACAUCAAGACGUUUGUGGAAGAUCAGCUGCAGACUAGCAUGAUGGUGGGGAUAAUGAUCGGCGCUGGCAUCUCAAUCGUUCUCAUUGCCAGCCUCCUCUUCUUCAUCCUGCGCAGGAUCCAGUUCAGAAACAGGCAGGCCCAGGAAUCGCCCAAAUACAGGUUCCGCAAGAGAGACAAGGUCAUGUUCUACGGACGCAAGAUCAUGCGCAAGGUAUUUGUGUUUCCAGUCUCUCAGUCCACCUCCUCCCUCGUUGGCACCACCCCCUCCCGGCCGCGCAUGAAGAAGAAGCAGAAGAUGCUCAACAUUGCCAAAAAGAUCCUGCGCUUCACAAAGGAGGUCCCCACCCUGCAGCUGAAGGAGCCACCCCCCUCCGUGCUGGAGGCUGACCUGACCGAGUUCGACGUGGCCAACUCCCACCUGCCCUCCGAGGUGCUGUACAUGCUCAAGAAUGUGAGGGUGCUGGGCCACUUUGAGAAGCCUCUGUUCCUGGAGCUGUGCAAGCACAUGGUGUUCCUGAAGUUCCAGCAGGGGGAGUAUGUGUUCAGACCAGGGCAGCCCGACAGCAGCAUCUAUGUGGUUCAGGAUGGGAAGCUGGAGCUUUGUCUCACUGGAGUGGAUGGGAAGGACGGGGUGGUGAAGGAGGUGUAUCCAGGAGACAGUGUGCACAGCCUGCUCAGCAUCCUCGAUGUCAUCACAGGUCACCAGAAGCCCUACAAGACUAUGUCUGCGCGAGCGGCCGAGGUGUCCACCAUCCUUCAGCUCCCAGUGGAGGCUUUCCUGAAGAUCUUUGAGAAAUACCCGGAGAGCUUGGUGCGAGUGGUGCAGAUUAUUAUGGUUCGGCUGCAGAGGGUGACAGUGCUGUCUUUGCACAACUACCUGGGCCUGACCAAUGAGCUGUUCAGCCAUGAGAUGCAGCCCCUGCGUCUGCCCCCCCAGUCCCCUCACCCCUCUCGCACCAGCCCUGUCCGGCACAGCAGGCGCUUCGGGAGCUGUAACACUGUGUCUGAGGAGCAGCGGGACGGCACGGGCAAACAGGAGAGCGGGGGCGAUCACUUGAAAACCCAAGAAGGUUCCUCUGUGCCAAUGAUAAGCAGGACCAUCUCCAUGCCUGUUGAUAUCUCGGGGUUGGAGAGGGGCUCUUGUUCGGACUUCGAUAUGGCGUACGAGCGAGGCAGGAUCUCUGUGUCCCUGCAGGAGGAUGGCAUGAUGGGAACUCCAUCGUUCACGAGGAGUGUGUCCCAGGACCCCCGGGAGAGGAAGUCCGGGACGGUGGAGGAGACGCACUCGGGAGUGGAGGAGGACGGGCUGGACGGCCAGGACAGGACGCUGCCCUGCAAGCACAGCGCUAACCUCUUCGAAGAGGGCAAGAAGGACAUCCUCAAACUCAUGCUCAUCGAGGACCCCUCUCUGCUAAACGGGCGUGUGACUCUGCACCAUGCCAAGGCGGGCUCUGUGCUGGCUCGACAAGGGGAUCAGGAUGUGAGCCUCCACUUCGUGCUGUCGGGCUGCCUGCACGUCUACCAGCGGAUGAUUGAUAAGCAGGAGGACGUGUGUCAGUUUGUGACCCGGCCUGGAGAGAUGGUGGGCCAGCUAGCAGUGCUCACAGGAGAGCCUCUCAUCUUCACCAUCAAGGCUACCCGGGACUGUGUCUUCCUCAAGAUCUCCAAGUCCGACUUCUACGAGAUUAUGCGUGAGCAGCCCAGUGUUGUGCUCAGUGCUGCGCACACUGUGGCGGUCCGAAUGUCGGCUUUCGUUCGCCAGAUGGACUUCGCUAUCGACUGGAUGGCCGUGGAGGCUGGGAGAGCUCUCUACAGGCAGGGAGACCAGUCCGACUGCACCUACAUCGUUCUGAACGGACGUCUGCGCUCUGUGAUCCGCAAAGCCAACGGCAAGAAGGAGCUGGUGGGAGAGUACGGGAGAGGAGACCUGAUCGGAGUGGUGGAAGCUCUGACACGACAGCCUCGCGCCACCACAGUCCACGCGGUCAGAGACACGGAGCUCGUCAAACUGCCCGAGGGAACCCUGAACAUCAUCAAGAGGAGGUACCCCCAGGUCGUGACACGACUGAUCCACCUGCUGGGACAGAAGAUUCUGGGGAACCUGCAGCAAGCCAGGGGCCCUUUCUCAGGCUCCAGCAUCGGAUUCAAUUCGGUGGCCUCGAGCCACGACGUGACCAACCCAGCCAGCAACCUGUCCACUGUAGCGGUGCUGCCUGUCUGCGAUGACGUGCCGGUCAAUGCUUUCAAUCUGGAGCUGAGCCACGCCCUCAAUGCCAUCGGACCCACCCUUCUCCUCACGAGUGACAUCAUCCGGGAGCGGUUGGGAGCCUGUGCCUUAGACAGUAUCUACGAGUAUCGCCUCUCAGGCUGGCUGGCUCAGCAGGAGGAUAUUAACCGCAUUGUUCUGUACCAGACUGACUACACCAUGACCCCCUGGACCCAGCGCUGCAUCCGGCAGGCAGACUGCAUCCUCAUCGUGGGGCUGGGGGACAUGGAGCCCACCCUGGGGGAGCUGGAGCGGAUGCUGGAGAACACUGCGGUGCGCGCUCUCAAGCAGCUGGUGCUGCUGCACCGGGAGGACGGGCCCGGCCCGGCCCGCACCGUCGAGUGGCUCAACAUGCGCAGCUGGUGCUCCGGACACCUCCACCUCCGGGCCCCCCGCAGGGUCUUCUCCAGACGCAGCCCCGCCAAGCUGAGAGAGAUGUAUGAGAAAGUGUUUGAGAAGACAGCUGACCGGCACAGUGACUUCUCUCGUCUCGCCCGAGUCCUGACUGGGAACACCAUCGCCCUGGUACUGGGAGGGGGCGGGGCCAGGGGCUGCUCGCAUGUGGGGCUCAUCAAGGCUAUGGAGGAGUCGGGGAUCCCCAUCGACAUCGUCGGGGGGACGUCUAUCGGGUCCUUCAUCGGGGGUCUGUACGCAGAGGAGCGCAGUGCGGUCCGGACCAAGCAGAGGGCACGCGAGUGGGCCAAGGCGAUGAACUCCGUGUUCAAGACCGUGCUGGAUCUCACCUACCCCAUCACCUCCAUGUUCUCUGGAUCUGCCUUCAACACCAGCAUCUCCAAGGUGUUCCAGGACAAGCAGAUCGAGGACCUGUGGAUCCCCUAUUUCAACGUGACCACAGACAUCACCGCGUCCGCAAUGCGGGUUCACAAAGAUGGCAGUGUCUGGUGUUAUGUCAGAGCCAGCGCGUCCUACACCCCCUAUUUACCUCCUCUCUGCGACCCCAAGGACGGGCAUUUGCUUGUGGAUGGCUGCUAUGUAAACAAUGUCCCAGGCUCACUAUGGCGGUAUGUGCGAGCUAGCAUGACCCUUUCCGGGUACCUACCGCCACUCUGUGACCCAAAGGAUGGAAACUUGCUUAUGGACGGAGGCUACAUCAACAACCUGCCAGCGGACAUCGCCAGGAACAUGGGGGCCAAAACGGUGAUCGCCAUCGACGUGGGCAGCCGGGACGAGACUGGCCUCUGUAACUAUGGAGACAGCCUGUCUGGCUGGUGGUUGCUGUGGAAACGCAUUAACCCCUGGGCGGAGAAAGUGAAGGUUCCUGACAUGGCUGAGAUCCAGUCCCGGCUGGCCUACGUGUCGUGUGUGCGGCAGCUGGAGGUGGUGAAGAACAGCGCGUACUGCGAGUACAUUCGCCCGCCCAUCGACCACUUCAAAACCAUGGACUUCGGCAAGUUCGACGAGAUCUACGAGGUGGGGCUGCAGCACGGGAAGGUGGUGUUCAGUGGCUGGGGCCGGGGGGAUAUCAUUGAUAAGAUGCUGAAAGACAGACGAUCAGCCGAUUUCAACGACAGCAAGAAGACCAGCUACCCCUGCGCUGGUGCUGACUUCACUGAUCUCGCUGAGAUUGUGUCCCGGAUCGAGACGGUGCCGAGCUACCUCGCUGCGGACGCAGAGGAGUCGGACUAUCUGACGGAGUACGAGGAUGAUGGGAUGGACACUGUGAGAGAGGAGGAGGGAGAGGAAGAGGAGGAGGAGGAGCCUGAAGAUCAAGUCCCUGCGGAGUGGACACAGAACGGGGUGUUUGAGACGGAUGAAGAGAAGUCGAUCCGAAAUCGUAGGAAGAAACCCUUGGAAGCAGCAUCUGGGACGGAGACCUCCGACUCGGAGCCAGGGAGAUGGAGUGAGAGUGGAGGGGGUGGAAGGAAGCUGCUGUGAGAGCCAGUCUGGGGUCUUUAACAGAAACAAAAAGCCUGGACCUUGCAACACUGUAAAAUAUGUGUUCUUUUUUUAUAUAUAAAAGAAGAUAAGCCUUCAAUAAUGAACUAAUAUAAUUAAUGCAAAAUAUAUUGAGGUGCAUUAACGGACAGAUAAGUAUUUAAAAAAAAAAAAAUUAAGAUUUUAUUAGCCGUUAACCCAAAAAAAUUAUUUUUGUUUUCUCAAGAAAUGGAAGCGUGUGCGUGUGCGUGUGCGUGUGCGUGAGCAGUAUGUGUGAGGGAGUGAUGUUUGUCCUACACAUGAUCACUUUAAGCAGUUGAAUAUUUAUGCACACUGGUGUGUUCAUGCAUAUUCCCAGAUUCCUUCGAAAACCAAAGGUCCAAAAUAGAAAGAUUUUCCAACAACUCUCUGUCCCUAAUGAACUACUUUUUAAAAAAAAAAUAUUAAGACGGAUUCACAAAGCCCCAUGUCAUGACACAGAAAAUAGUUAGGUUACUGUUUGCUUGUUUAACAGCCAUUCAAAACCGAUCCUGAAUAAUAGUAACUCCACUGUUCCUGUAGUGUAGGAAAGAUAACUUAAAACAGCUGACCUUCCAUAACUAUAAAACGAACCAACCACUAAAAUCAUCUGAUACACUAAUAUGAGUUAAUGAGUUAAAGCAGACUUUUUAAAAAGGUUUGUGAAUAGUCCUCAACAUUACAUAUGCCUCUACCAAGUGCUUUGAAUCCUUUAUAAUGAUGUCUUAUUUCUGAAUCGCUUCACUCUCACCCUCUCACUCUCAUUGCGUUUGGUUUCUGAUGUGAAAAGGGACGAGAGACAGAAAGCAGCUCAGCAUGUGCCAACAGCGAGGGCUCAGUCUCUCAGCUUCCAUCUGAUUGCUUUAGUUCCCUUUCCCUCUACCUGUGGUUUGGAUUAAAUCUACAGAUCAGAUCCAGCCAGCGUUUAAACGUCUGUGUUGCUUCUAAAGAACUUUGUAACGCACUGAAAGCAACGUGUUUACACUCUGAAAGCCAAGUGUAAAAACAAUACCAUGACCCUGGUCUUAAACCCUCCCUGCACGGACUGAACUGCAGCAUUUCAGAGCUCUUCCAGGGGUCUAGGAGUCUAGAGACAGCAAUGCCACUUCCCUCAUGUCUGUGCAAUGCUGUGGUACGCGUUGCCAGUAUAUUUAAAGGUAGUUAUUUAUAAAAUAUUUUUGUUAUAGUUUUCUUUUUUUAAUACCAGUCUGAUUCCUUGAGUGGAAAUGAGACUAACAUGAAAAUGAUAAUGUUUAUUACUUUUAACUGCUGUUAGUUUGCACUGAUCCCUAACUUGGUGUACAAAUUUGGAGGGGAUUAUAUUUUGGGUUUACUUUUGCAAUAAUAAUAAUGAGAAGAAAUAUAAUAUAUUGAUAAAUAUGUAGAACAAAUGUGAUAUAAUUGAAUUAAUAUCUGGAAAAAGACUGAACAAUAAAAACACAAGGAAUGGAA